AUGAAUCUUAAUCUUACACUUUUGUUUCUUAUGUUUAUGUUCGUUGUAGCUGUCUUCACUGCUGAAGUAGCCGAAGAUAUCGAAGAUGAAUCUCUUUCUAAACGUGAUCCUGAGGCAUACUACAAAAAAUACUAUCCAAAAUACUACAAACACAAAUACUACAAAUACAACUAA